UAAACUGUUUUCUGUUGGGUAUGCAGACCCUUUAAGCGGCGCUGCUGAUGAGGAAAUGGAGCCGGAAGCGGCUACGUCCCGUGACGAGAAGUUCAGCCCCUCGAGUCAUGCGGGCGACGUGUCCAACACCGGUGAGGCCCACUCCGGGGACGAAGCGUACACCAGCGACACUUCUGAAGAUCAAGGAAAAUAUAUCGGCCAGCAGCGUUAUGCGUGCGACUUAUGCGAUAAAGACUUCGUUAACAAGUCAGCCUUGAAACGACAUCAACGAGUAAUUCACGCGACGAAAAAAAUGUACACUUGUGAUAAAUGCAACAAGAAAUUUACACAAAAAGAGUACUUAGAUAAACAUAAAUGCCCUUACAUCGGAGACGAGCCGUUCGGUUGUAAUGUUUGCGGGAAGAAAUUCACGAAAAAAGGUUAUUUAAAUAUACACAAAGUAAGCCACAACGGAGAGAAACCACACAAAUGUGAAAAUUGUAACAGGAGAUUUGCACGCAAAUGUUUUUUGGAACAACAUGAAAAAACUCCAUGUGAAGAAAAUUCAUUUACCUGCGAAGUGUGUAACAAGCAAUUUAAUAAAAAAAAGACACUCAAAAAACAUAUAUUAACUCACACUGGAGUAAAACCAUAUGGUUGUAAAGAGUGUGAUAAACGAUUUUCAGUAAAAUAUGAUUUGAACGCACAUAAAAGAGUGCACACUGGGGACAAAUACAGCUGUGAAGAUUGUAACAAGCAAUUUAUAAAUAAAAGAAACUUGUCAAGACAUAAAAUAACUCAUACAGGUCAAAAGUACGAAUGUACAAUAUGUAACAAACAAUUUACCCAGAAUUAUACUCUAAAGGCACAUCAAAAAAUUCACACUGGCGAAAAGGUAAAGAAGCCUAAAAAACGUUCCUACACUUGUAAAGAUUGUAACAAGCAGUUUACAUCAAAGUCUAAUUUAGACAGACAUGCGAGAAUACACACUGGCGAGAGGCCAUUUGCCUGUGAAGCGUGUCAGAAGACAUUUAAGCAAAAAUCUACAUUAUUGAGACAUAUGGAUACUCGUACAUGUGUGAAGUAUUUUACAUCAUAAAAUUAUUUAGAGAGAUAUGCAGAAAUUCACUUUUUGUCUU